GUUAUUUGUGCUUUUUUUUAUUUAAAAAAACUACACAUUAUAUCUAACUCAGCAUGACCUCGUGAACCCGGAAGUUCUCUUGUGACGUCAAAACGUUAGGACUGUGUUUUUCCGGGUUCUCUGUCGUUGCUAUGGCGACGAUUCCAAACCGUUAAAUUGUGUCAUGUCGGCCCCUCCGGAGCGUAACCGCGACGGUUCCAUCGACGUCCUGACCGUCUUCAGCGGCUCCUCCCCGGAGGACGUGUCCCACGCCCGGCAGCUGUGGCGCUCUCUGUGCAUGCCGACGCCGCUCGAGUCCCGCCUGGUGUCGGCGGACAUCCCCCAGAGGUUGCCCGUGUCUCGGCCGGAGCGAAGCGUCCACUCGGGGCCGCCUCCCCCUCGCGCGCAGCCGCCUACUCUGAACGCCGCACAGCAGCGGGAAGACGAACGGCAGCGGUACCUGUCCAUGGCGGCCCAGAGGAAGGAGACGCUGGCCCUGCUGCGCCGGCAGAGGGAGCAGAGGAUCCAGAAGGAGCUCCUCUCUGCGGCCUUUAAACCCAAAGCGCCCGGGGACAAAACCCCCAGAGAGAACACGACCGACCUGAACAUGGAGGAGGAGAUGGUCAGGCAACUGGACUGAACCGCUCAGAAUGCAACGCAGUCUACAAUAAUAUUUGGAGGUCACUGUGUGCACCGUACCACACUUUUCGAUUGUAAUUCCGUACUACAGUACACUGAGAGCUCAUGACCGCACCACACGAGAUUCCCAGAGAACAUGGACGCACCAUGAGACGCGAUUCGACUGUAAUGCUUGGAGGCCAUGAAUGCUACUUACAAAAAUCUUGAAUCCACCAUGCAAAAUACCUAGAUCCCGUGAAUACACCAUAAAACACGAUAAUACAGUAUAAGAAUGCCUAGAGAUCCUGAAUGCACCAUAUGUCAAGAGUCCAGUUGUGUACGUUUGGAGGCCUCAAAUGCACUAUACUAUGAAUAAACUCAACCAACAAUAAUUUGAUUAAUUAUAAGUUAAUUAAUUGGGGGUUACAUGGUGGUGUGACUGGUUGGAGAGUUGGCUUCACCUGUGUGGAGUUUGCAUGUUCUCCCCGUGCCUAUGCGGUUUCAUCCCACAUCCCAAAAACAUGCAUUAAUUUGAGAUUCCAAAUUGCCUGUAGGUGUGAUUGUGAGUGCCACUGUUGUCUGUCUCCCUCUGGCCUGUGAUUGGCUGGCAACCAGUCCAGGGUCUACCCUGCCUCCUGCCUGUUGACAGCUGGGAUAGGCUUCGGUACUCCUGCAACCCUUGUGAGGAUAAGGGGUGCGGAUAAUGGACAAAUGGAUAAUCAAUUGGAUUAUAUGACUUUAAAAGGCACAAUAUCACAACGAUGAUAAAUAUAAUGAAGAAAAGCGCAAUGGAAAGUUUGUAUUGAUUGUAUUAAAUAGUAAAGGAAUUUCUAAUCACUUUCAAAUUUUUAAAGGACUUUCAAAAUUUUAAAGGAGACUUCAAAUUCACCUUGCAAGUGGAUAUUACUCUAAGAACUCUUUAGUAAGUUAAACAGGUUUCAAGAGAAAAUAUGAUUUAUUCGGAGAUCCUAAUAUCAAAGUGGAAGAAUGCACACACAUUUUGACAUUUAAAUACAAACCUUUACAACUCUCUGCUACCACUGAAUAUGAAAAGGAACCUUGAUACUUGACUGAAGACAUCAAUAAACAUUUCCUGAUCAACUUGUGGCCCACAGCACUUGAGAAGGGUUGCGUCAGGAAGGGCAUCCGGCGUAAAAAUUGUGCCAAACAUGUAUAUGCGUUCAUCUGAGAUGACACGCUGUGGCGACCCCGAAAGGGACAAGCCGAAAGAAACACACACACUUCAUGUGUUUGUUCCCUCUCAUUUGUGCAAAGUGAGUGUGAUUUCUUGCUGGUUCAAAAUAUCUGUAGAAACUUCUGGAUUACACCAUCGGUAGUACACUAGUAGGCCUUUUGUAAGGAACUCUUUUGUUCCUGGCACGAGCCUACGUGAC